GCAAGGAAUCCUUGGAUAUGGUUGUAGUGGAAAGGGAACUCAGUCAAAAUCUAUACCAAUAUACAAGAGAAAUUCCAUCGUGUUCGUGUAUUGAAGUGACUUGGUCAAAACUCAUCAAAAUACUUGCAAAUUAAUCGGUUAAGCUAAAAAAAACUUUGAAAACAUCAAUCCAGUAACACCCCCUUAGUGUUAUGUAACAAAUUGAUCUUUUAUUUUUCACGUACCUAAUAUAUAGUCCACCAUCGAUCUUUGCCGACUCUCCUCCGUCUCGCUCUCUUGUCCUUCCUCUGCAGAUAUUUGGAUUAAGAGUGUUCUAGGUUCGAAUGAGGGCCAAUUGUGUCCGUCGUCUGGCAUUGUGCUUUUUGGUUAUGGCCAUGCUUUCUCUAGGAGGAGCUUCUUCUGAAUAUGCUUACUCUAAUGGACAUAAGAAUCCAGAGGAGGUACCAGACCAAUGGGCCCCUCAUGUUUCUCAGAAGAUUAAUCUAGCUGUGAGAGGAGCAUCCGGUCAUGAUUACAAGUGGCUCAGCUCAGAUACGAGGAUUUUGGUUGUGUCAUUCUAUGGAGUUAUCCAGGCAAAGAGGCCUGGAAUAGCCACUCUGAAAGCUGUGUCGACUUUUGAUUCUCACAACUUUGAUGAGGUUAUGAUUGUUUCCGUAUGUCAACAUGUCUGCUUCCACAUGGAUGAUAUGGAGCCCAAACUGGACAAUGAUCAACUCGCGCCAAACCAUACAACGAUUGCAUGCAUGAACAUGAUUUUCCUCAUAAACCCUAAAUUGAAGGCAUGCCUUGAUAUGAGCGUCCUAGUAAACUCUAUUGCUGGUGGAAUCCUUGGUGUACUAUGCUAUUAUUGUUUUUGCCGUAUUGGCAAUGUAAUGCCUAAUAAUCAUCGUUCAAAAAAACAGUUCAAGCGGCCGUCUAUGCGCCGUAUUAGAAAUAGGCGGCGGCUAUAAAUUUAUUGAUUAUUACCUAGACUAGUAGAAAAUUCGGGCUAUACCCGGUAAUAUAUUUAAUAAUCAACAUUUUUAGAUUGA